CAGUCCUAGUCUGCAGUGGCUAUAAAUAGGCAGAGGACAAGAUGCUGGGGCAGACGGCUGCUCGAUAUGACAAUGUUUAUCCUCCUGCUGCUCUUCGGACUUUGCACUGGACAGUUCAAUCCCAAUGUGGCUUGUGGUAGAACGUCUAUUGUCCACUUGUUUGAAUGGCGCUGGGAGGACAUUGCUGAAGAAUGUGAGCGCUAUCUGGGUCCAAAUGGGUUUGGAGGUGUCCAGAUUUCACCUCCUAAUGAGAAUUUAAUCAUCACCAACCCCAACAGGCCCUGGUGGGAGCGAUACCAGCCAAUCAGCUAUCAGAUCUGCAGCCGAUCUGGUGAUGAACAACAGUUCAGGGACAUGGUCACCAGAUGUAACAAUGUUCAGGUUCAUAUUUAUGUAGAUGCUGUCAUUAACCACAUGUGCGGAUCGGGAGUUGGAAAAGGGAAUUUUUCUACAUGCGGUACUUACUACAAUUCCAAUGAGAGUAGCUUCCCUGGCGUGCCAUACUCCCAUCAUGACUUUAAUGAUAAGAAAUGUAAAACUGGCAGUGGUGACAUUGAGAACUAUGGAGAUGCAGAUCAGGUCCGAGACUGUCGUCUUGUGAGUCUUCUGGAUUUGGCUUUAGAAAAAGACUAUGUCCGUGGGAAGAUUGCUGACUACCUGAACAAGCUCAUUGAUAUCGGGGUGGCCGGAUUUAGACUUGAUGCCGCUAAACACAUGUGGCCGGGGGACAUUCAAGCCAUUGUCACCAGACUCAACGACCUGAACACUAAGUGGUUCCCUAAUGGGACUCGUCCUUUUAUUUUCCAAGAGGUGAUUGAUCUGGGCGGAGAAGGAAUAUCAUGCAAGGAGUACUUUGACAUUGGACGGAUAACGGAAUUUAAAUAUGGCACCAAACUUGGCAUAGUAAUUCGGAAGUGGGACAAUGAAAAGAUGGCAUAUCUAAAAAAUUGGGGAGAAGGCUGGGGUUUCAUGCCGACUGACAGGGCCACUGUUUUUAUUGACAAUCACGAUAACCAAAGAGGUCAUGGAGCCGGUGGAGCUUCUAUCCUCACCUUCUUUGACUCACGCUUGUACAAGAUGGCAGUUGGCUUCAUGUUGGCCCAUCCUUAUGGAUUUACCCGCAUCAUGUCAAGUUAUAGCUGGCCUAGGAACUUUGUAGAUGGAAAAGAUAUAAAUGACUGGGUUGGACCACCAAGCCACAGUGAUGGGUCCACUAAAGCAGUGACUAUCAAUGAAGACGACACUUGUGGCAAUGACUGGGUGUGUGAGCACAGAUGGAGACAGAUUAAGAACAUGGUCAUCUUCCGGAACGUGGUCAGUGGUCAGGCUCUCACUAAUUGGUGGGACAACGGAGAAAAUCAGAUCGCUUUUGGGCGUGGAAACGUGGGUUUUAUUGUGUUUAAUAAUGACUGCCGGGACAUGGAUGUCACCUUGAACACUGGACUUCCUGCUGGCACUUACUGUGAUGUCAUCUCCGGGCAGAAGGAUGGCACCGGUUGUUCUGGCACUGAGAUCACCGUGAGCAGCACUGGCUCUGCCCGCUUCACCAUCAGCAGUUCAGCUGAGGAUCCAUUUAUUGCCAUUCAAGUCAAUGCGAAACUAUAAAAUUAGACUAGCGAAGAUACGUUUCUGUAUGAUUCUGAUAGAUUGUUUAUUUGCUAUAUCUCAGUGCUUUACAGUUAAAUAGGUAUGACAUGUUCAAUAAAAGUUACAUAAAUAAAUAGCACAAGCAAAUGCAAGAACAUAGUAAUUUAUCCUAUUGGAAAAAAAUGCCUGGUUCCUCACUUGCUUCCUUUUCUACCUAAACUCAGCAAUCACUUUAAAGAAAAGACUCAAAUUCCUCUUCAGCUGAAUUAGCUCCCUGAGACAUCAAGUUACAGCUGUCCAUAGAAGUCUAUGGAGAGGGGAGGUGAAAGGAAUAGGAGUGGCCUGAUAUAGAGAGACAUGCUGAAUUCACAGUUUAUACUGUUCAGUACUGCUGUAUAAUGCCUUUCCUGCUGCUUCUGAGGCUGUGCUACAGGGCACAUAACCUCCACGACCCAGGUUAUAGUGGUGGUCCAAUGUAAUUUCACUUUGGAAAAUGUAAUUGCUAGACUGGUGCCUUGCUCUCAUAUUUUCAUACAUGGACCAAAUGGUCGACUUUAUGACUACUUCACCACACUCUAGUACAGUGCUUUAUAUUCCAUUAUGAGUCCCCAUUGUUGAAUAUUCUUGCAUCUAUUAACCACAGCUUAAAGGGGUUGUCCAGGAAAAAACUUUCAACUGGCUCCAGAAAGUUAAACAGAUUUUUAAAUUACUUCUAUUAAAAAA